AUGGAGAUUACUCGCACUACCCUUGGUAUAGCUGUUGGUCUAGCAGGGACACUAUUCUUAGGAUAUUGUGUUUAUUUUGACCAACAACGUCGUAAAGAUCCUCUCUUCAAGAAAAAGUUAAGAGAACGUCGUGAAAAAGCACAACAAAAUUCGUCGCGGUCUCGCACUCUUGGUGGGCCUUUGCCUGACAUGAGAGAUCAUGAGGCAAUGCAAAGAUUCUUCUUGCAACAGAUUCAACUUGGCGAAGAGUUAUUAGCAGCUGGAGACUUGGAGGCUGGUGUUGAACAUCUCGGCCAAGCUGUUGCUGUAUGCGGACAAACACAACAAUUACUUAGUGUGCUGCAACAAACAAUGCCAGCACCAAUCUUCCACCUUCUAUUGAAGAAAUUACCUGAAGUGACAGAACGUCUUAGAGGUUCCAUGAGAGCAAACGAUGCCUUGCAAGAGGAAGAUGUUGAA